AUGUUCCCGCCAUGUCCUGCUAAUCUCACUCGAGCCCCCCAAGUUUACAUCAAAAUUCUCGACUUUGCGCUUUACUCUCCAGGCGACAAGGACAGUAUCCCCCAACUUCUAUUGAACGAGGCUGAGAUCUACGAAAUUCUGCUACAGUACCCCCAUCCAAAUAUGAGUCAAAGCCUAGGAUGCAUUGUUGGUGGCGACGGCCGCUUGGAGGGGCUUUCUCUCCUCAAAUACAAAAGCACUCUUUUUGAGCGCGCACAUGACAUCUCAUCCUUUGACCUUGACCAGUGCAAGCAGUGUAUCGCUGCUUUGAAGUCAGCGUUGGAGCAUCUCCACAGCUUGGGACUUGCGCACAACGACUUGAGUGCCUUCAACAUCAUGUUCACGGAUAACGGGGAACCUGUGUUGUUGGACUUUGACACUUCUCAUCCAGCCGGGACGGUAUUAGAUAAAGGUGGGCAAGUGAGCGGCUGGCAGGGAAUACCGCGCGCUUUGUAUAAAGAAUCGUCAACUGAGUGCGACCUGGAAGCUUUGGAGUAUUUGGAUAUGUGGUUGAAGAACAAUUUUGAAGCAAUGAAUGAGUCUGUAAGCAAUGAUGAACUUUGA